CGCGGAGCGGUGGUCCAGGCGUUGCGCGAGCGGAACGUCGAGGGCCGCGGCCGCCGCCUGCUGGACCAGGAGCCCGCUCCUCCGACUGAACAGAGUCCGCUGCAUCAUGGCUGUUGUGUCCUGGGAAGCCUGGAAACCAGGCCAGGCUCCCACCCCUCCACCCAUCUAGCCAUCCGGCCAACAUUCCCUCCUUUCCCCCGGGCCGAUUGCAGUAGGGAAGGGAGGCUGCAAGCGGACCGAACGCGCUGAGGACUUCGGAGAGACCAAAAUAGCAACCGGUGAAUCCUUGUGCUGAUUCUCGCGCGACGCCAUCGAGGUGUCCAGCGCGUGUGCGUUUAGUCACACAGCUUUUCAGCACUGCCGCCCACUCCCACAGCCAUCAGUAACAUGGCAGGGGCGUCGGUAAAAGUGGCGGUGAGGGUGCGGCCCUUCAACUCCAGGGAGAUGGGAAAGGACAGCAAAUGCAUCAUUCAGAUGUCAGGAAACACCACAACGAUCCUGAACCCCAAACAGCCAAAAGAAAACAAGAGCUUCAACUUCGACUAUUCCUACUGGUCGCACACCACGCCCGAGGACAUCAACUAUGCGUCCCAGAUGCAAGUGUACAAGGACAUUGGCGAGGAGAUGCUGCUCCACGCUUUCGAAGGCUACAACGUGUGCAUAUUUGCGUACGGACAGACGGGAGCGGGCAAGAGCUACACCAUGAUGGGACGGCAGGAAACCGACCAAGAGGGCAUCAUACCUCUGCUCUGUGAGGACCUUUUUACCAAGAUCAGCGACAGCAAUAAUGACAACAACAUGUCAUACUCUGUGGAGGUGAGUUACAUGGAAAUCUACUGUGAGCGUGUGCGCGACUUGCUGAACCCCAAAAACAAAGGGAACCUGCGAGUAAGAGAGCACCCGUUGAUGGGACCCUACGUGGAAGAUUUGUCCAAGCUGGCCGUCACCUCGUAUAACGACAUCCAGGACCUGAUGGACUCUGGCAACAAGGCUAGGACCGUCGCUGCUACAAAUAUGAACGAGACCAGCAGCCGCUCCCACGCCGUCUUUAACAUCAUUUUCACUCAGAAGAAACACGACUCGGAGAGCGAAAACACAUCAGAAAAGGUCAGCAAAAUCAGCCUGGUGGACCUGGCUGGGAGCGAGCGGGCCGACUCUACCGGCGCUAAAGGAACAAGACUGAAGGAAGGAGCCAACAUCAACAAAUCUCUGACCACGCUGGGCAAAGUGAUCUCGGCUUUAGCCGAGCAGGACUCCGCUCCAAACAAGAACAAGAAGAAGAAGAAAAUGGAGAGUUUCAUCCCCUACAGAGACUCAGUCCUGACAUGGCUCCUAAGGGAGAACUUGGGUGGAAACUCUCGCACCGCUAUGGUGGCUGCUCUCAGCCCUGCUGAUAUUAACUACGAUGAAACCCUCAGUACACUCCGGUACGCCGACCGCGCCAAGCAGAUCCGCUGCAAUGCCGUCAUCAACGAGGACCCGAACAACCGUCUGGUGCGAGAGUUGAAAGAGGAGGUGGCCCGCCUCAAAGACCUGUUGUACUCUCAGGGCCUGGGCGACAUCAUUGAGACGUAUCGAUGCGGCGAACCGGUCAUCAGCGGUUUACAACACCUGUGCGAUUUCAAGAACUUAGUGAAUGAUCGCCAGGCUGUCAAUCAAAGGGGUGAUCUCUCCACAGUGACCAACGCCAUGACGGGCAUGAGCCCCUCGCCAUCGCUGUCGGCCAUGUCCAGUCGCGCCGCCUCCAUCAGCAACCUGCACGAUCGCAUUUUCAGCCCGGCCAGCGAGGAGGCCAUCGAGAGGCUCAAGGAAACAGAGAAAAUUAUUGCAGAACUCAAUGAAACUUGGGAAGAGAAACUACGGCGUACUGAAGCCAUUCGCAUGGAGAGAGAGGCCUUACUGGCUGAGAUGGGUGUUGCUAUGAGAGAAGACGGAGGCACCGUUGGCGUUUUCUCCCCCAAAAAGACGCCUCAUCUGGUCAACCUGAACGAAGACCCGCUGAUGUCUGAAUGUCUACUGUACUACAUUAAAGACGGCAUCACAAAGGUUGGUCGCGAGGAUGCCAAGGCGCGCCAGGACAUCGUACUCAGCGGGCAUUUUAUCCGAGAUGAACACUGCACCUUCAGUAGCACCACCGGCCCCCUAGGAGAAGGUUGCGUAGUUCUGGAGCCGUGUGAGGACGCAGAGACGUAUGUUAAUGGAAAGCGAGUCACGUCGCCCACUGUGCUGCGCUCAGGCAACCGCAUCAUCAUGGGCAAGAGUCACGUGUUCCGUUUCAACGACCCCGAGCAGGCCCGGCUGGAGCGCGAGAGGACGCCGUGCGCCGAGACGCCGGUGGAGCCCGUCGACUGGGCCUUUGCUCAGAGGGAGCUGCUGGAGAAACAAGGCAUCGACAUGAAGCAGGAGAUGGAGCAGAGGCUUCAGGAGCUUGAGGAUCAGUAUCGUAAAGAAAGAGAAGAAGCCAGUAUCUUGCUUGAGCAACAGAGGCUGGAUUACGAGAGUAAACUAGAGGCUCUCCAGAAGCAGGUGGACUCACGCUGCCUGGAGUCCCCCGAAGAAGAAGAGGAACCGGAGGAAGAAGUGUCAUGGACCGCGCGAGAGACGGAGCUGGCUCUGUGGGCCUUCCGGAAAUGGCGCUUCUACCAAUUCACCUCGCUGCGGGAUCUGCUUUGGGGCAACGCCAUCUUCCUCAAGGAGGCCAACGCUAUAAGUGUGGAGCUGAAGAAGAAGGUCCAGUUUCAAUUCGUCCUUCUGACGGACACGCUGUACUCCCCACUGCCUCCCGACCUGCUCCCUGCCAGCGAGACCAAGGAGAGGGAGAGACGACCGUUCCCGCGGACCAUCGUGGCCGUUGAAGUGCAGGACCAAAAGAACGGCGCCACGCAUUACUGGACUCUGGAGAAGCUCAGGCAGAGACUGGACCUGAUGAGAGAAAUGUACGAUCGGGCUGCAGAGCUUCCGAGCAGCGCCGUGGAGGACUGUGACCACGCCCUCACCGGCGGAGACCCCUUCUAUGACCGCUUCCCAUGGUUCCGCCUGGUUGGCAGGGCAUUUGUGUACCUGAGCAACCUGCUUUAUCCUGUUCCAUUGGUCCAUCGUGUGGCCAUCGUCAGCGAGAAGGGCGAAGUGAAGGGUUUCCUCAGAGUGGCUGUGCAGGCAAUUUCAGCGGAUGAAGAAGCGCCGGAUUAUGGCUCUGGUGUGAGGCAGUCAGGCAUGGCCAAGAUCUCCUUUGAAGAUAAACAGUUUGAAAAGUUCCAGACAGAGUCGUGUUCACCAGUCGGUCUUUCCCAUUCCAACACCUCCCAAGAGGAGCUCCGCAUUGUGGAAGGAGAAGGUCAAAAUGCAGAAGCAGGAAUCUCUGCGGAUGAAGUCAACAACAACACAUGUGAAGCUGCCCCGGAAACUCCACCCAGCCCCGUGAAAAGCUCGGGACUGGGUCUGGACCUUCCUUUGGAGCUCUCGCCAGAGAAGGCUUUGUCCCAUCUGAAGAUAGGCAGCACCUUCACCUUCAGAGUCACCGUCUUGCAGGCCUCCAGCAUCUCGGCCGAGUACGCCGACAUCUUCUGCCAGUUCAACUUCAUCCACCGCCACGAUGAAGCCUUUUCCACUGAGCCGCUGAAGAACACCGGCCGGGGGCCGCCACUGGGCUUUUACCAUGUGCAAAAUAUCUCAGUGGAGGUCACCAAGUCAUUCGUGGAGUACAUCAAGACCCAGCCCAUCGUCUUUGAGGUGUUCGGUCACUAUCAGAAGCAGCCUUUCCCACCCCUUUGCAAGGAUCUAAUCAGUCCAUUGAGACCUUCCAGAAGGCAGUUCCCCAGAGUGAUGCCUUUGUCCAAACCAGUGCCGGCCACCAAGCUCAGCACUCUUACGCGGUCCCCCGCCGGACCUUGUCACUCCAAACAUGACCUCAUGGUCUUCUUUGAGAUCUGUGAGCUGGAAGCCAGUGGAGAUUACAUCCCAGCUGUUGUGGAUCACCGAGGCGGGAUGCCCUGCCAUGGCACGUACCUCCUACAUCAGGGUAUUCAGAGGAGAAUCACAGUAGCCAUCGCUCAUGAAAACGGGAACGACAUUGAAUGGAAAGAAGUGAAGGAGCUGGUGAUUGGGCGCAUCAGAAACACCCCGGAGGCUGACGAGACCAUCAUAGACCCCAACAUCCUCUCCCUGAACAUCGUGUCUUCUGGAUAUUUCUGGCCAAAAAAUGAUGACAACGUCUCCUUGGGAGUUGAUCAUAGAACCUUCUACCGGUUCGAGGCGGCGUGGGACAGCUCCAUGCACAACUCCCUGCUCCUGAAUAGAGUUACGCCAUAUGGAGAGAAGAUCUACAUCACCCUCUCAGCCUAUUUGGAGAUGGAGAACUGCACUCAGCCUACCGUUAUCACCAAAGAUUUCUGCAUGGUGUUCUACUCCCGCGACACCAAACUUCUCGCGUCUCGUUCCAUCCGAAACCUCUUCAGUACAGGCUGCCUCAGGGCUUCAGAGAGUAACCGUGUCACCGGAGUCUACGAGGUGACGCUCUGCCACGUGGCUGACAACGGGAGUCCAGGAAUGCAGCGGCGUCGCAGGCGAGUGCUGGACACCUCGGUGGCGUACGUCCGAGGGGAGGAGAACCUGGCUGGGUGGAGGCCUCGCAGUGACAGCCUGAUUUUGGACCACCAGUGGGAGUUGGAGAAACUCAGCUUGCUUCAAGAGGUGGAGAAGACCCGGCAUUACCUACUACUGAGGGAGAAGCUGGAGGCCACCCUGCUGGCCGGCCAGGAUGCUCUCUACAAGGGCAGCGAAAUCAGCGACUUUGCCAAGAGUCCAGUUCCAAGCCAGAGUCCUGCAAGCAGCCCAGCAAUGGACAGCCCCAACCAGAGGCAGAGGGAGCUGGCUGCCAAGUGUCUGCGUCUACUGAUGCACACCUUCAACAGGGACUACAGCCAGGUGAGCAGCAGUGCCAGUGAGAGCAAGCUCUCCGAGAUAUCAGCGUCGCUCAUGAGGGAGGCGUCCGUCUCCACGCUGAGCACGCUCACGCCGUCCUCGACUUGCCCUUCGCUGAUUGAGGGACACUACGAUAUCAGACACACUGAGCCUGGUUCCGGAGCGUCGACCCCUGAUCUGGACCCUUUCAGCCCGGUGGACAGAAAGCAAGCUCUCAAAGGCUGCAGCUUUGUUCCGGACAUACAGGAGAUACGAGUCAGCCCAAUCGUGUCCAAGAAAGGUUACCUCCACUUUCUGGAGGCCCACACCAGCGGUUGGGUGAAACGCUACGUGGUGGUGCGCCGGCCCUACGUUUACCUGUACCGCAGCGAGCGGGACAGCGUGGAGCGAGCCGUCAUCAACCUGUCGUCUGCCAAGGUGGAAUACAGCGAAGACAAGCAGACCUUGCUGCGGACUCCAAACACUUUUGCCGUGUGCACCGAGCAUCGUGGGAUACUACUCCAAGCCAACAAUGACAAAGAAAUGCAUGACUGGCUUUAUGCCUUCAAUCCUCUGUUGGCGGGUACCAUCAGGUCUAAACUGUCUAGAAGAAAGUCGGUCCAUUCGGCACCGGUGGCCCAUAGGAUGUGAGCCUCUUCACAGGCAUCUAAACAGCACCAACUCUCUUACCUUACAUAACCCACUGAAAUAACCUUCUAAAUAUACUGUAUCUAACAUGCUAUCACUGUUACAAAGCUGCAUGUUGACAACACCCUGUACAGCAGAGUCAUACACAUGCAGGUGGCCAUCCUAUGUGUUUGCAAACUGGCGAAUAUGCCACGUGUGUUCUUUUUGUACACAGUGACACCCCGUGGCGGGGAGGUUCCUCUGCAUGAUGAUCGUGCUAGUUUGUGUAGUCUCUUGCCUUGUACACGUUUCGCUUCGAAGGUGUCACAGUACAUUUAAUACUAGUUCAGCUAUCAUGUGGCUUUGGAAAAAAUGGAAAGCCCUUUGAGCAUUUAUUCAUUAUCCUUGAUCCGUGUACUAGUACGCUAUGAGUUGAGAGAGCGCUAUAGAAAUAAUCAUGUAAUGUAUUGCAUUGCCAUACAGCACACUAGGAGAACAACUGUGUCUUAGUCGUACCAAUUUUUUAAUGUAUUUAUUUAUUUAUGGUUACUCGUGCCACUUUUUGCCUUUUGGUCGUAUCAAAGAUCCUGAUUAAGGGAACCAUUUUCAGCAUUUAUUCAAUAUCUUUGAUAUUCAUCUUAAUGUCCAUAUGCUAGUAGUCUUAGCAUGACUUAGCAUGGCGCUUUUGGCCUAAUCGUACGCCAUUAAACCUUCCUAAUAGACUCCUGUCCUUCCCUAGUACCACUUCUAGGUCCAACUAGUCUUCAUGCGUCACAUUCUAGUAGCCUUGUGAGCCCUACUUAUGGCACCAAUAGUAACUAGGAGUGUUUCCUCACUAGUAACACAUAGUUGUUGUACUAGGAUGUUCGAGUGGUCCUACUUGUGUGCGGGAAUGUCAUGCAGGACUGGGAAACAAUUUAACUCGGAAAACACAUUCGAUGUACUAGUGCCCUUACCAUAAAGUCAAUUCUGCAUUUUUUUUCUAACCGAAGGUCAUCCAAGGUAAUUAAACGUGACACCAGUAGAGGAAGAAAUGUUCCUAGUACGCCGUUCUAAUAGUGAUCUGUACCACUACUACUAGUGACAUUGUGAAUUACACUAGUUUAUAUUUAGCGCUUCACUAAUAGUACUAGUAGGGCACAGAUGUCAACAGUGCACAGUUUUGCCUCACCAGUAACAUGAAGUUGGCCUACUAUGAUGCCAAAGAGAGUUUAGUGGGAAAAAAACGUUACUCGUGUAACACAGUCGUUCUACUAUUGGGUGGAAUUGUCUUAAGGGUGACGACAAAGAAUGUACGAGUACGUGGCCCUUUGUAUUGAGAUCAAUCGAAUAAAUGCUCAAACAUCUUUCCAGGUUUGGUGUAAAGUAGGACCAAAGGGUCAAACGUGCUCCCAUUAUUUUAGAUUUUCCUCAGAAAAUUACAUAAUCCCCUGACCUUUGAGAAAAAAAAGAUGAUCCCCGGUACGUAGAAUCACAAAGUAAUGUUAUUUAUUGUCGCAUUAUGUUUUUCGUUACUUGUGAUGGAACUACACAACAAUUUUGCUGCACGGCACUUUAUCGUCCUUGUUAAGUUGUUGCAUUACCAAAGUGUUUUCUUUAUUGUUUGUGCAUAAUUUACACUUGUCUCACUAAAUUAUAUCGCAUCAAAAUGACAAAAGGGUACACACAUACCGAUAAUCUGUCCGAUUAUCGGGUGCCGCUAAAGGAUUAUCCUGAGCAGUUAUCCUGCGGUGUGGGUUGCGUUAAUCGUGAUUUGUCCUCCCCUAUCUAGUUGGGAAAACUGUCAGGGGCCAGCAAGGUAAAUGUUAAACCUGUUCAGUAUUUACAAUGGGAUAUUGUGUGUGUGCUCAACGCUGAGUAGGGCCAACCAGCAGACUCUGAUUGAGAUGUGAUACGGAAUGACGCUCAGUUAAGUAGAGUGCAGACAUACCCAUCGUUGGGUCGAUUUUGAGCCGUAUUCUACUCCUUCUGAUCAAAGGCGGCAAAGUUCUGAUUAUCGCUAACAUCAAAAGAUGAUCUUGAUCGAUUGUGGUGUGGUGUCGUGUCGUGUUGCUCAUGGAAAACUGUCAGGGUGGCCUUUGUAAGUGCUGAAUCCUGUUCAACAUUCACAAUGGCAAAUCCGUGCCGUAUGUGUGUGGUCAAAACUGAGUUGGGGCGAGCCACGGAUUUGGCGAUUGUGACAAGAAACGGCGUUAUAGUAGUCAGUGAAGUGGGAUACACACAUACCGAUAAUUGGGCGGAAUGUUAAAAUGCUCAUUCGUGGUCCUCCGAGACAAGUUUCUCCUACGGGAGACCAAAUAAUCUUCAAAUUCAAAAUUCAAUGCUCCCUCUUAAUCUGAAUCAACAAAAUUCUGAUUAUCGGAUGUCUCCAAAAUAUUAUCCUGAGUGAUUAUCUGUGGUGUAGGUGUGUGUUCGGAGUGAUUUUUCUUCCCACAUCUGCUCGGAAGAAGUAAAUUUUAAACUUGGUUAAGAUUUACAACGGUGAUUGUCAGACGUUUCAUGCUGUACUGUAUGUGGUGUUAUGUAUUGGUCAUCUGGAGCACACCGCACAUUCUGAGAUCAAGUGGCAAUUUUUGUUCUUAUCAUGUGUCUUUUUAAAAUCGCCAACGACUUCAGUCGAUAAUUGGCAUUUCCUACUCUUGUAUAGUGUGUUGUACCACAGAUGACCAAUACAUCAGACAACCGGGCCACUUCUAACUCUGACUGGAAGGGAGGAAAAAUGAUCUAAUUAUCGGUAUGUGUGUAACCCGGCUCAUUACGUUAAACAUUUGUUUUUAUUUAAAGAAAAAUUAGGGUCAUGUAAAUUCUAUCCAUUCUGUCUUUAAAGGUCAUGCGUGAAGUAAACUUGGCAAACCAUCUUUUGAGUUUUUGCUUCGGGCUAAAACUAUUUCAAGCAUACUUUUUUUUUUUUUUUUUUUUAACACAACCAUCCCGAGACCCACAAUUCUUGUCUUUGGGUGACAUUACACUUGCGGGUUCGACGCUCAUCGGGAUCUCACAUCGGGUAAAUAAUUACUUUGUCAAAUUUACAAAAUAGGAUUUAUUUCAUGUGGCAUUUUCUAAAGUUACUUCACUGCUGACCUUUAAGAGUUGCUUUGUCAUAUCGUCACCGGUGGUAAAAUGCAAAAAAAUUGACUUUUAAUGCAGGAGCCUCUCAUAAUGGGAAUUUUGGAGAAUAACUUACGAGAUCCGGUUGGUAGGUUGUAAAUUAAUUCUGUGAGAAUAAGACGUCAUAACCUUCCUUCUUUGAAUUUCUGCCAAGCUGGCGCAUCAUUGAACAUGAGAUACGUAGCACUGCGUGUUUUCUGUUUGUUUUGCUUUCUGUUGCCCGAUCCAGAAUUGUUCUUUUUUUGGUUCCAAUUCUCCCUUAAAAAAAAAGAAAAAAAUUGGUGAUUAUGAAGAGGAAAGUCCACACAGCAGCUCAUGCCUCCCCUUUUCUCCACCUCCUCUUGUUCAGCUUGUUAAUAGGCUAAAAGUGAAUACUAUUCAUUUUUGACAUAUACGAGUGAAUACACUCAUAUCGUCGUAUUUUGUGCUAGCCUGUGAUGUCCAUGGUGUCCCUCAGUAUCACUUGUAAGCCCAAAUCUGACUUGUUUGCAUAGCCUAUUAUGGAAUUGUUUGUAGUUGGUUUUAAUGCCAGUUUUUGCCAACCUUUGUUGAGCCAAAGCACAAAAGGUUGCACCAAACAAAAAGGCCAUAAAAAGUAUAUUUAUGCUUUUGGGCGGAAUCCUCGCAUCACCCAAAAACAAUAAGCGGACUGAAUAGUUGUCUAGACGGAAAUGACUUACCUUUGUGGCUGACUGGUUCCUUCUGCACCGAUGCAUUACGGCGAUCCAUUUUUACCAAAAGCGGCUUGAUCAAAUGUAUCUCACCUGAGUGUUUUCACUCAUUGUCUUUUUUUAAAAAAAGUUUUACGGCACACCUCAGACUGUUCAACAGAGUUCGAUUUUGCACCUUCUGCCAUCUAGUAGAAGAGCAUUCAAUUGUUCCCGUUUGUCACGAAACGUCGCUGGCAUCGAUAGACAAGAAGUGUACACUAAAAUAAAUACAUCUGAAUUUCCAUGGCAAUUAAGUGACAUUGGACCAUUUCCCAGGCCACAUUGACAGGAAUAACUGGACUGAGAUACCCCCUGAAAAUAAAAAUAAUGAAAUGACAUUUUAAUCAUGAAAAUGAAAAAGAAAGGUUUGUUGAAGACAUGGUCUGCCAACCAUUUGGUCUUUUGUUUUGCAUGCUCCAGGCCAGCCAACCUGUUUAGCCAUGCAGCCUGAUAGGGAAAACCUGGAACGACGAUUUGAAAAGCACUUCCUGCAUGUUUUGGGGUCAUCUUAGUCUCUUCUUUCUUUUCGGGAAAAAACGUUCAUGAUGACCAAAUGGAAAAUGAGAAGAAAGAUUUAUUUCUGCCCUUGAUUGUACCUUCUAGAAUGCAAUGCACUAUUUCUUUCAGUGGAAUCCUGCACAUGUGCAUUAGGCUGAAUUGCAAUUCGCAUAGUAACAACACAAGUAAACAAUAAGUUAGUUAUGGGAGCGUUUCAUUGGCUUGGGCAAACAAGCUGGCAACACUCUCUUCAAAUACAUUUAAUUUAAGAAAUCUGAGUUGUGUCACUUCAACCAUGCAAUUUAAAUCCUCUAGAAAUUGCACUGAGGCUUGUAUUCAAGGGAUUAUUAUCUUUUAGUGCAUUUGUUUAACAAAGCGCCCCUAAGUGACCUCAUUUGGGGACGCUGUCAAUUUUUGUGUGCACUGUGAGCUCUGCUUCAUAUCGGGCUGCUUCUUUAGAGUUGGAUCCCAGCAUGCGGGUCCCACAUUUCGUCCUCCGCUCUCCACUCCUUUUUCUCCUCCUGCCUGUAAAAGUUCAGCUGUAAAGUUUAGUCACUACCCACUCUUUGUAACGGACUUUCCCGUCUGGCUCUUUCUUGUAUAUAAAUGAUGAUCCGCAGUGUGCGUGAGUUCUUUUCUGUCCACUGUACGCCACCACGAAUGAGAAUAUCACAUUUCAAAAGCAGUCUUGCAGGGUGAUCGUUUUUUGCACUUUUGUCCCCGUCUUCAUCUCACUUUUAUCUUCUUUGUUCUUCUCGUAGCUUGUCAAGAGAUUUAAAAUAAAGAGAAAAAAAACGUAAUCUGAAUAAAUGAGUGAUCAAAUGUAUGCUCA